GAGGAUGGGGUAGGCUUCGCGCGCGAGGCUUUCUGGUCCCUGCUGCGGCCCGUAGGCGACCUCUGCCCCGGAAGGAGAGAGGGAGGCGCUCAGCUCAGCUGGGACAUUUAAACGGCACGGAGCGGCGCGGCGCGGCGGGGGAGCGGCCCGGCCGGAAACAAAGUGACAAGAGAUAUGUCCUUGUUGUUGAAACAUCUAAACAAUUCAGUAAGGAUGCAGUUAUUUUUGGAGAGACUGACUUGGACAUGAUCAAAUUUUACUUCUGAUACAUCUAAUUUGAUACAUCUAAUACGUCCAUCGGUUGCUCCCCAAUUUGCCAAGAUUUGUCCAAGGCAAGGAAGAGAGGAUUAAAGGAAUCAUUCAGAAUUGGAAUGUAAUCAUUUGGCCCAAGCCUCUAUUUUGGAUGGAUUAUAGCCAGAUAUGGUCUGCAGACCAUAGUUUGAGCACUCCUGGAUUACUGAUAGUAAUUUUAAUAUAGUGUAGCUUCUGAUAUGGUAAUACUACAGUAAAAUCUGAACUAUUCAACACCUUGGAAUUUUUUAAAGAUCAAGAAAUCCUCGUUCAAUAAACUUUUUCACAUCUUUGCUAAUGUAAUCAAUUCUUUGAUCCUUUGUUUUGAGACAAUAACCCUUUCCCCCCCCUCCCCCCCGUGUUUAUUUACAACACGUUAAAGUCUGGGCAUAUUACUGGAACAUGGAUCAGCUGGGAUAUGUGAAAGGUGCUUCUAUCCAACUUACCAAAGAUGGAUUAAGCAAGCCUGCUCUGCCCCAGAAGAAUGCUUAUGCCAGGCUUGUGCAAAAGCACCACAGCGGUCGAUUCCGAUCUUAUUUAAAUCAUAUUGCACAGAAGAUACAGCUAGAAGAGAGCAGCCUCAACGACUCCAAUUCGGAUGUAGAACCCUCUCUGAAGAGAGGCAUGAUGAGAGAUGCUCUGGCAAGAAAUGGCUUGACUGCACUUAGCUAUUCACCAAUCAAAACAUCUCAGUUGGAACAGCCUGCGCUUGUAGGAUUUGAGAAACUGAAUGAAGAGAAAAGCCAAGUCUUUGCUAACAGACGGCCUCAUGAAAGAGAUCCCAGCAUUGGUCGAGAAGGAAACCUUCAAGUAGAGGAAGAUUAUUCUGUAAAACAGCAUGGACCUGCAACUGACUUGUUAAAAGUGAGUGAUGCCUUGGGUGGGAGGGUAACACAAGGCACUUCUCUGCAGAAAUCUUCUGGGUCUGAAGAAAAGGACGAAGAGGAAGUGUGGAAGAACAAACAUAAGAAAAGGAACAAGUGUCCUGCCAACCUGGACAGAGCAGAUGAAUACUUGACUGAUGAGCAGUUUAGUAUGGAUUUGCCUGCAGCAAAUGCCAGGAAAACCAGUCACUUGUCUUCUGGUCAAAUUCAAGGUGGAGACAAGAGAAGCUUUGGAAGAACCAGAAACAACUCAGAAUCAACCAGAGCUCCCCAGAAUUUUGAUAGGAAGAGGCAGCUCUCCGAAGCACAGGCAGAAACAAUGAACAAUUCAGACUGCAGAAUAAACUCUAGAAAACUGGGAACUCCCAGAGGAGAGUCCCAUGCUGCUGUCUCCACAUCAGGCGAUAGAAAGAAUCGGAAUAAACCCACAAGAGGGAGGAAGAAGAACGUAUUUGAAGCCUACAUGUCAAUGGAAGAUGUUGCAGCAGGAUUGAAAAGGGGAGAGCUUAUCCAGGGACCUUUGAGAAUAAAUCCUAAGAAAUACCAUGAAGCCUUCAUUCCAUCUCCAGAUGGGAUUCGUGAUAUCUUUAUUGAUGGGGUGGUUGCUCGCAACAGAGCCCUAAAUGGUGACAUUGUGGUGGUGAAACUGCUUCCCAAGGAGCAAUGGAAGGUAAUAAAGCCAGAUGGCAGUGACAAAGAAACAGAAGCGACACAUGAAUCAGAUGUCCCUGAGGAGCUGUCAGGGACUUGCCUUCCUCGAGAGCCAGAGAAAGGAGAUGCUGAUAGUCCGGAUGUCAUUAUAGAGGCUCAGUUUGAUGAUAAUGAUGCAGAGAAUGGACAAGAGAACUCACAGACUGUGCUGGCUGAUGACAUUAAGAAACUUUCUAUGGAUACCAAUGAAAAGGUGAAGGACGCUGAGAGUGGUUGUGCACAAGGUGCUAAGCAAGAAGAUGUCUCCAAGGUGAACAAUCCAAGGCUUCUUCAGGAGAAGUUUCUUCAAAGGACAGCAAAGGUGGUCUGUAUCUUGGAGAGGAAGCAUUCCAGAGCAGCUACAGGCUUCAUCAAACUGCUGGCAGACAAAAGCAGUGAACUCUUCAAGAAGUGCGCCAUGUUCUCACCUGUGGACCACCGAGUGCCUAGAGCCUAUGUGUCUUUGGCAGACUGUCCUCCGGACUUCAUGAGCCGGCCUGAGGACUACUCCAGUACGCUCUUCAUCUGUCGGAUUGUGGAUUGGAGGGAAGACAGCAACUUUGCAAUAGGGCAAAUGGCCAAAAGUCUUGGGCAGGCUGGUGAAAUUGAGCCUGAAACAGAAGGGAUCCUGACGGAGUACGGUGUGGAUUUCUCUGACUUCUCCCGAGACGUUCUGGAAUGCCUUCCCCAGAGCCUGCCCUGGGUCAUCCCACCCGCAGAGUUGGCCAACAGGAGAGAUUUAAGGAAAGAAUGCAUCUUCACCAUUGAUCCGUCAACUGCCAGGGACCUUGAUGAUGCCUUGUCCUGCAAACAACUUCCUGAUGGAAACGUUGAAGUGGGUGUUCAUAUCGCAGAUGUGAGUUACUUUGUUCUGGAAGGAACAGCGCUGGAUCAAGUGGCCAGUGGAAGGGCAACUAGUGUGUAUCUAGUGCAGAAGGUGAUCCCUAUGCUUCCCAGGCUGCUUUGCGAGGAGUUGUGCAGUCUCAAUCCUAUGAAAGACAGACUGACGUUUUCUGUAAUGUGGAAAAUGACUCCAGAAGGCAAGAUCCUCGAUGAAUGGUUCGGGCGAACCGUUAUCUGUUCCUGCGUGAAGCUGAGCUAUGAUCAUGCACAAAGUAUGAUUGAAAACCCCAGCAAGGUUUUUGAGCCAGAAGAACUGCCUCCAGUCUCUCCCCAGCACACAGUCGACGAAAUUCACCAAGCUGUCCUGAACCUCCACCAAAUCGCCAAGCAUCUGCGCAAACAGCGCUUCAUUGAUGGUGCUCUUCGUUUAGACCAGCUGAAGCUCUCGUUUACAUUGGACAAGGAAAGCGGGAUGCCUCAAGGCUGUUAUAUCUAUCAGUAUCGGGACAGCAACAAGCUGGUGGAAGAAUUUAUGCUGCUGGCGAACAUGGCCGUCGCCCAUCAGAUCUACCGCUCCUUCCCCCAACAGGCCUUGCUGCGCCGUCACCCCCCACCCCAGACCAAGAUGCUGAACGACCUCAUGGAGUUCUGCGACCAGAUGGGACUGGAGAUAGAUUUCAGCAGCGCAGGAGCCCUGCACAAAAGUCUGAAUGAAACGUUUGGUGCAGACAGCUAUGCAGAGGCCAGGAAAGAAGUGCUGACCAACAUGUUCUCCAGGCCAAUGCAGAUGGCUCUUUACUUCUGCGCUGGCGUCCUGGAAGACGAGACCCUCUUCCGCCACUACGCCCUGAAUGUGCCGCUCUACACCCACUUCACCUCGCCCAUCCGCCGCUUUGCUGACAUCCUCGUGCACCGGCUCCUCUCCGCCUCCCUGGGCUCGGGGCGCCCGGUCCAGAUGAGAAAGGAGGCCAUCCAGAAGCAAGCGGACCACUGCAAUGACCGGAAAAUGGCUUCCAAGAGGGUGCAGGAGCUCAGCGCUGACCUGUUCUUCGCCAUCUUCGUCAGGGAGUGCGGCCCGCUGGAGUCAGAGGCAAUGGUGAUGGGCGUCCUGAACAAGGCCUUCGACGUCCUGGUGCUGAGAUUCGGAGUUCAGAAACGCAUCUACUGUAACGCUCUGCCGCUGACCGGAGUCCGCUUUGAGAAGGUGGGGAAGAAGCCUGAACUAACUCUCCUGUGGGAGCCGGAGACCCCAGAGCAGGAAGCUGCCCCUCAGGUGAUCACCAUCUUCACCUUGGUGGAGGUCGUCCUGACGUCCGACAGCGGCCCCCUGAAGUACAGCGCGGUGCUCAAGAGACCGGGCCGGGAGAAGUGAGCGCCGCGGGCUCCGUCGCCUGCCACCCCGCCAUGCCGCCAGACUCCUCUGGUCCCGCCAGGCCUUACACUGCCCUCCCCUAGCUCCGCGGGGGUGGGGGAGGGAACUUUUUAAAUUAAUUCAGUUUUACUUCCGGUUUGGAUUUUAACCUGGGUGGCGGGGGGAGCUCGGGUCUUUCCUGGCUGAGAUCGUUGAAGCUGCAGGAACAUUAACGCUGUUUCUAAAAUAGUUUUUAGUCCUUUUUUUUUUUUUUUAAUUGCUGCUGACUGCCCCUCCCCCGCCGCCCGAGCCAGCCUCUUGGAGGGGUUGCUGCUGUCCCUGGUGCUUUGGGCCGUUCUGGACGUGGGAGAACCAGGGGGCCACCGACCGGUUUCUUGCUGAAUUCUGCAUCCCGUAAUAAAGCUCUGGCCAGCGA